AAAAUAAAAUUACCCAAGAAAACAGCCAGACGAUACCCAGCAUAUGAGCUCUAUCUCUAUGGGGAAGGAAACUACGCCAAAGAAAACAAAAAUCUUCUAUUGACAGGAAUUCCAGUUCUUUUUCUUCCUGGAAAUGCUGGCAGUUACAAACAAGUACGUUCUCUUGGCUCCAUUGCACUUAGAAAAGCAGAAGAUGUUGACUUCAAGUAUCAUUUUAAUUUCUUCAGUGUCAACUUUAAUGAGGAAUUGGUUGCAUUGUAUGGUGGUAGUCUGCAACGACAGACCAAGUUUGUGCAUGAAUGCAUAAAAGUAAUUCUGAAGUUGUACAAGGAUCGAGAAUUUGCACCAACCAGCGUUGCAAUAGUAGGUCAUUCCAUGGGUGGUCUUGUUGCAAGAGCAUUGCUUACGCUGAAGAAUUUUAAGCCUGAACUUAUAAACCUCCUCAUUACACAAGCCACACCUCACGUUGCACCUGUAAUGCCUUUGGACAAAUACCUUACUGAUUUUUAUACAGCUGUAAACAAUCAUUGGAUUCUAAAGGCCCAAGAGUUAAGAAAUUUAACUACCCUUUCUGUGGCGGGAGGAUUCAGAGAUUACCAAGUUCGUUCAGGACUGGCUUUUCUACCAAGAUCGAGUCAACAUGACAGUGCCUUAUCUGUUGUGAGCUCAGCUGUGCCUAGAGCUUGGGCCUCAACAGACCAUCUCUCCAUAGUGUGGUGCAAAGAAUUGAUCCUGGCUACCAUUAGAGCUUUUUUUGAUCUCAUAGAUGAAAAUACAAGGCAGAUAACUGAGGAUCCAAAGAAGAGAAUGUCUGUACUGAAUCACCACUUUGUGAGACAUCCUGCAAAGAUGUUUGAGGAAAAUCCUGAAGCUUUUACAGAACUCACAGGAACUUCCACGUGGAUUACAGUCAAAGCCUCAAAGUGGACUUACUCAGUUUACAAUGAUUCUGAUGGAAAAUAUUUCAUAUUCCCUCUUGCAAGUCACAGAAAAUCAUACAGUCAUGUUUACUGUGAAAACACUCUGUUGGACACAAGUAGCUGGAUUUAUGGCUGUAUGAACAGUAAUUCACCAAUGUGCCUGGAAGCUACUGAUUUAUCCUGGAGAGCUGAGUUACUUCCAACCACCAAGGUUGUAAUGCUGAAACUUCAGGACCAUCCUUCUUUGUCCCACAUUGUUGUUCAGGUACCACCCACAGUUGGCAAUAAGUAUACUUUGGACUGUGAAUUCUUCCAAGAGGAUUCCAGAACAGUACAGCUUCCUGUAACACAUCUGUUUUCAUUUGGGCUUUCUUCAAGCAAAAUUCUAUUAAAUUCAACUGGCUUACUUUACAAUGUACAGCUCCAGCACUUCAACCGAAUAUAUCAAGCUUUCAAAAUUUAUAUAGAGGGCCACUGCCAGUCACUUAAAGAAAGAAAACCUAGUGUUUACAGGCUUCAUAUACCCUGGUCACAUGAAGACUCCAUAACUGUAGCGAAAGUUCCAUCUUUGACUGAGAUUUCUGCAAAACUGCAUAUUGCUCAGCCUCAGAAUGACAGCAGGAUUCCAGAGUUGAAUAUUUACUCUUCUUCAGACUGUCACUAUGAAGUAAUUCUGAAGACCUCACUUUUACAGGUUCUUGGGCAAAUGAUAAGGUUCCAUGCUGGUGCUCUUCCAGUCUAUGUUGUUUCUAAUAUUCUUCUUACUUACGGAGGACAAUUGAGCACACUGGUAUCAACAGGCCAGUGUUCAGACUUUUCCCUUGAACUAGUUAGGACAGCUAAACCCUACAAAGUAGAACCUCUUAUAAGCAUUGUUGUGUUUCUGCAGGGGUUUAACUGGUUUAGAGAGAUACGGGAAUCACUGUCACUACCAGAGAUGGAUGCUGCUGUACUGAGUAGUUGGGAUGCAUGGUUCCCCCUUGUGUCCCUGAUUCUAUUUCUCUUUGGGACAGGCAUUGCCUACUGGAGUGGAGUAUUUUUCUCUACAUCUCUGAGACUCUUCUCGUCACUAUGGUUAACUCUGAUGAG